GCUCUGCCAGGUUCAGGUCCAACUGACCACCUUUGUCAUUGUUUCUCUUUUCACUUUACAUACAAAUACGAAGACCAUCGCAACCGAGUCAUUUCCUCCCUUUCUCAUAACACAACAACACUCCACGACUGAACCUCUCUUCACACUCUCUUUUGAGCUUCUCAAUCUUCCUAUAUCUCACUUUUUGUUCACCCCUCGUCACCGCCGUCACAAUGACGCUCUACUAUACUCUCGUCUUUAUGCUUCUCGUCUUCGAGAUGGCGCUUUUCAUGCUCCUGAUCGUUCCCAUGCCCUUUAACGUUAAGCGCAAGAUCUUCACCUUCAUCUCCGAGAACCCCGUUGUCGCAAAGAUUCAAUACUGGAUGAAGAUCACCUUUGUCUUUAUCCUAAUUCUCUUUAUCGACAGUGUCAACCGUGUCUACCGCGUCCAGCUCGAGCUCGCCGCCGCAUCCGAACAGUCCAAGCAGGGAGGAGGUGCCGCCGUUAUGGGUCACGAGCGCCUCGAAGUCCAAGCCCGCAAGUUCUACUCCCAGCGCAACAUGUACCUCUGCGGCUUCACCCUCUUCCUUUCGCUCAUCCUUAACCGCACCUACGUUAUGAUCCUCGAGGUGAUGCGUCUGGAGGACAAGGUCCGCGCCUACGAGGGUACUAAGAGCGAUACCAAGGAGGCUGAGAAGCUUGCCGUUGCCGGCAAGCCCGGUGAGCUUGCCCGUCUCCGAAAGGAGCUUGAGCAGAAGGAUCAGGACCUCAAGACCCUGAAGAAGCAGAGCGAGCAGCUCCACAAGAGCUACGAUGAGCUUAGCGACAAGUACGCUGCUACCCAAAAAACUGGCGAGUCCAGAAAGGGCAUCUAAGGCGCGUAUGUUUUAUGUCGCUCCAAAGGAGGAGAUCGCCCACACAGGGAUAUCGGCACCUGAUCUAUUGUUGACCUGCCUGGGCGGAAGAGAAGAGACUCGGUCUGAGCCUGUCAGGGCAUAUAAAACAGCACCAGACCUGGAGGCAAAUGAAGUGCAAGAUGUAAAAUAGCGUUAACGGUUACUGGGUUAAGCACCGGCGCAAAGCUGGCGAUCGGACGCGGACAGGACGAUCGACCAUUUGAGAUUGUAUUAGGAAUUUCUUUAUGUAUAGAAUUGUGAUGUUGGAUGUGGAUGAUGGGUGCCUUGGUGGUAUGGGUUAUCACCAAGGUCUCGCAUGCGAAUUGCUAUAUCACUAUUCAAACAUCAUGCUGUUCUUGAUUACAUGCGAUGUGUCCGACCAAAUAACUUACAAAUUCGCACUGUUCUGCCUUGUUCGGACAACUGUAUCAGUAGGCCCCAUCAUACUUUUCUGGAAAUAAUACACCAUUUGCCAUUUCCAAUACUGCAUACUCAAAGUCAUCUUGAGCUUCAUCCUCAUCCCAGGGCAAUAACCCCAUUGCACGCAUGCCGUCUAGACCGCCUGCCUCACCAACCUCUCUAAUGGCCUGCUCUCCUCCGAUAUUGACAUCGCCCGUAGGUGCUCCGGUAAAGUCGGGGCCGGCUUCCCCAUGCAGAAAACCCUUGCGCUGAUGAGCAAGAUAUAGGGCAUUUGUCUGAGUUAAUGGACAGGCUGGAAGAUAAAUGAUUGUUGUAGGAGGGAUGUCUGGGCGACGGAGACGAUCAAGGGCGUAGACGGUAUCGCAGUGCCAGACAAGGUAAUCACCAGGGUCAAGUUUUGGUAUGGGGAUCAUGCUCCGGUGAAGCUGUAGAUGAGGGUGUAAUGCAUCAUUGAGCUCCUGUGGGUAAGACGGCAAUGCACCUUGAAUCACAGAGGAAGGCGGCUCUUCAAGGAUCCAGUUCCCUGGCGUAAGAAAGUCUGGGCUUGCCGGUGAGGAGUCUUUAGGCACAAAAAAGGGCCGCAGAAGAAGAUAUGCAGUUGUGAGUCGGAUCAUGGGACAUAAGAGAAGGGUGCCAUGGCCAAAAGGAACUUCACUCAAAGCUACCCAGCCCUGAAACAUGCGGAAGACGCUGCAUGAGCCGUCACCAUUGUAUAAAUCGCUUGUCACUUUCAGUCGAGUGCUGCUUUCCCAUGGAUCCCAAUCCUCCCAACGACCAUCCCAAAUGGGUUGAUAGGUCGCUGCUGAACCAUAGCCAUCCGGCUCCCAACGCUCCACGCUUCCUCCGUCAACAUAUACACUGAGGGAACAUGUCUCAUCCUCAGGUCUCCUGACCCUCAUGCGGUCGGCAUAGCUGAUGGGGAAAUUGGGGCUCACAAGCGCUUCCGGCUCAGACGAGUGCCAUAAAUUCAUUAGGAAACGUUGAGUAUAGAGAACGUUCGGAUGGGCUCGAGAUUUGAUCUGCCCAGGAGACCAAUAAACCCCGUAAAGAUGCGGAUCGUGGGUAGGCAAUCGUUGCGCCUGAAGGUCUCCUAAGUGAGCCUCGGUAUCUGCCUUCCAUUUCGCAGCCAGAUCAUGAGGAACUACGUUCCGAAUAACAGCGACACCUCGUUCCUUGAGUCUUGAAGAAAAGUCAUUUGCAACUGAAGAGUCAUUGAGAUCGUUAAAAUCAAUAGAUGGGUAGAUAUCCGAGCCGGCUUUGGCGAUGAUGUCGAUUUCAGUGUUCAACUUGACAAGCAGUCUUAUCCAUGAACUCUUGAUCUGAGAUUCUUUACCCUCAACCAAAUCUCUCUUGAUUCGGGCAAAGCGAGUAGGGAGAGGUAUGGGCUCAGUAAUCUGAGCAAACAUGCUACUUGAUGGGCCAUGCCGGUGGCCUUUUGGAGCCAUGGUGAGAACUUUUGAGAAGUUGAUUGUGGGUAGUGGGAAUAAAAGAUAACGUUGAGCUAUCCUAACCACCCGCACCAGCUGAACCACAGAUAUAUACUGGAGUAAAUGUGGCAAUCGAGGGACACUACUGGAACAGCAAAGGUAAGAGCUCAAGCAUCUUCUCCGAGGAAGGGAAACCUGACAUUCUGUGUGCCAGUGUGGAGUAUGGUUGUUUUAUAACCACGUUUGCAUGGUCCGCAAACGUGUCUGAACGCUGCGCGUGACGGUCCACGGCCUCUUUGAGCGUUAAGUCGUUGAUUUCAUCGUGAGGAAUUGUCGUCAUGCGGAAUUUCUUCGGAUGGGAGCUUGGUAUUCUUCGGAUACACACGCUAUACGGGCCGGAUACCCGGUCCUCUGAGGUUGUCGUUUUGACUGCUUAUUGGGGUGAGUUGCGGUGUGUUAUCAAAACGAUUAGGUGUAAGGUAUAACCGUUUGGUCUUACAGCUUGGUAUCAUGGACCUAGCAUGCAUACGGUUUGAAAUGGUGGUAUUGAAUUGUGAGCAUCAUUCUUUGCACUUUUGCAAAAAAAAUAAAUGCGUGCAGAAUAACUUUGUGGUUUUGUUGCUGUGAC